AUGGCCUCCAACACAGAUACCCCCAGUGCAUCGUGGCAUCCUGCAUUCAUGCCGAACUCGGAUGCAAAGUCGGAUUGGAAUUCCGCAAAACCUCAACAAUUAGACUCAGAGCCAACUAUAGACCAACCGCCACCGCAAGAGGCCGAGGAAGCUUCACCUCAGGAAAUCCCCUCGGAAGCCACCACGAUAGGCCCUGCGACCACCCACGAUGGCGCCUUUCUCGACCAAUUCGGACAUGAUGAUGAUCCUGAAGCGGGAGGCUGGGAUCUCGAGAACCCUGGCCCCAGUCCGACAUCAGCUUCGCCGGAACAAGACAAGGACGCGCAGGACCCUGAUACUGCCGGCCCUGUCGAUGAAUCUCCAUCGUAUUCCUCGGAAUCCCGCGCCCAAACCAAAGCGGCAAAGCACUCGAGUACCGUCUCCUUUGCACGAACAGUACCACAUGAGAUGAAUUGGAACGACGAUGACGAUGCCGAGUGGAACCUGCAACGAUCAGACACCGACCCAUUCAAGUUCAUGCCUCCGAACGAGCGGACCAACUCGUUUCCAGCUGUACCACCGCCCGAGCUGAGCUACGCAGAUCUGGAGCAGCCUACAUCACCUCCUGCAGCAACUCAAGCCCAGGAAAUCAUGCAGGAGCUGGAGCAACAAGCCCAACCGGAUCUGACUCCUCAGCCCGAUUUUCUGAAGACUUUCGAUCAUGUCGAUGCAGAAGACCAACAAGAGUUGUUCCCAGUUGGUGGUGAUAUGAUCGGUGCUGAAGAGGAUGCUUCUGAUGCUCGCUUCGAGGAGGGAUUGCCGCUCAUUCCUCAGGAUGAACCACAGCUGAAUGGAGAGGAUGCAAAAGCUCCCUCCGACGGAUUCGAUGCCUCUUUUGCGGACGAGGCCGCAGGAGGUGAUGACUUCUUUAGUCACUUACAAGACGGACAAAACCCGGAGGCCGAAUUACUUGGUUCAAACCCAGCACUGCAACGGAAGGAUACAAGUAUGUUCACCAAUAUCGUAACCAGUGUCAGCAACAGCGACCCAGUGGGCCACCCAUCCGAUGAUUUUGACGCAUCCGAGUUGGGCACUCAAAUCGACCCGGAGAGCGAAGAGCAGAUCAGAUCAUCUCACGGGGACUCUAAUGGAGAUUUGAACAAGGAAGCGACUGCUACGGUAGCGGGAGAGUCGACAGACGUGGAUGCAAAGUGGGCGGCCGCAUUUGGGGACGACGAGGAUUUCCUGCUGGAAGACUCAGAGACUAAGGAGCUAGAUCCUGCAGCGUUUUUUGGUAGUGAUGAUGAGGGUUUCCUUGAAGACGAGGACGAAGAAGUUCCCACCGCCUCUGCUCCAGCGCAGGAGACUACUGGGGUCAAUGGGAGAUACACCCCAGCUGCUGUGCCAGCACAGACACAGCCAGUUUUGAAUACAUUCAACUCGGCCUCGAAUGUCCCCCAAACACAACAGGCUUUCCCACCUCAAUACGCUCCUAUGGGCCCCAACCCACCGGCUACGAUUCCGUAUGGGGCACCACUACCGAAGCCAGAAGCGUCGAGAGCACAAAGUUUUGCGGACAAAUCGAAGGGCGGCUAUUCUUCACCGUACGACCUACCGAUGGAUGUUGUUCGUGUUCAGCCGAGACAGCGUAGCAGUAUGCAGCAAGUCCCGCGUGCCAACGCGCCUUUGGCACCCCCUGCUGGUCCUGUUCGGUCUACAAGUCUGCAUUCUCAGCCGCCACCGGCUUCCGCUGUCCCAGUAUCUAUGCCAUCACCACCGUCGUCUAGUGGCUCGAAUCUGCCCCUAUCUGGUCUCAAACCAGCGCCUAAGCUGACCUCCAAGUCAAGCUUCUUCGAGGAUCUGCCCAUGAGCUCAAAGCCUCGGACUGCUACACGUCAGAACAGCCUACCUUCGCCGCAGCAUCCCCCUUAUGGCCAGCCUCCACAAGUCUCUCAUCAAGGUCCUCAGCACGGUCUUCCUCAAACGUUAUCAAUGUCUCCGCCGGUGCAGCCUCAGGUCGGCAUUGCCGGUCUGGUCGCCCCAGAGCGAAGCAGCCCAUAUGAUGCAAUGCAUAAUGGUCAAGCGCGCCCGAGUGCGCCCGCAACGACCCGUUAUUCGCCUGCUCCAGCUCAAAUGUCUACAGCCGCUGGCAUGACCCCACCAGUGGCUGCCAUAAGUCGCUAUUCCCCUGCUCCUCCAAGCCGCUCGAACAGUGGUGCAUAUCCAGUCGUUUCACCCCCUGUUCUUGCUCACCAACCCAGAACGUCAAGUCCUCUGGCCCAUUUCGAAGUCUCGCGAGAGAAGACAUUUGCUGGUAGUGGCCAAGUGCCAUCACUGACUCGGAGCGCCUCCUCUCAAUAUGAGCAACGUCUCACUAGGGUACCAUCUUUGCCACCUACUCGAGAAGUUGAAGAGGAUGGAACCAAUGCAUUGAUGCAAUCACCACCCCCCAUGCAGCAAUCUUCACGCUAUAGCCCACAACAGGCUAGAAGAACGCCCCCACCGGUCACCUCACCUGCAACUACACUUUCUCCUCAGAAACAUACCAUCUCGAACUACGCACCUGUCUCACAGCCGGCUGUGCCUACACGGGAAGUCAGCUUUGUUCCUCCGCCUAGAUCGCAGACACAAUCUCCCGGUGCGCUCCAUGGUCGUGCCCCUGUAAAAGUUAUGCAGGCUUCCCCUCGGCCAUCUUCAGCACAUGGACCACUUUCCCCUCGACAAACCUCAGCAACGCAGUCUAGUCGCCCCGCUGUUACUCGUGCUCGAGGUAUGUCGCAGGUUUUGAACUUGGUCCCGCCGACGGAUGGCCGCGAACUUGAUCCUUUACAAAGAUGGAGAGGUGCUCCUUCCGUGUCCUGGGGUAUCGGAGGUACUAUGGUGACUUCCUUCCCCAAAGACAUUCCCCGUUAUGGCAUGAACCAAGCACUUCCCAUGAUCCUUCGAAGCCCUGGGGAGGUCAAGCUCCAGCACAUUAAGGACGUGCAGCCAAUUGAGGACCGCCUUGCAAGAUUCCCUGGGCCAUUAAAAGGCAAGUCCAAGAAGAAGGAGACCGUUACUUGGCUGUCACAGGGGAUUGAAAGCUUGGAGAAAGACUUGCCAAACGCUGCCUUUCAACAGUAUAUCUCACAUGAGGACAAAAGAUCCACUGAAAGAGUAUUGCUAUGGAAGAUCCUUCGCGUUCUUAUCGAGAACGACGGUACCCUUGAGGGUAAUCCUACCGUAGAGAAGGCGGUGCGGACCGUGCUUUCUCCCGAACUCGAUACCGGCGGUGACGAGUCAGAGGCCCCCACCGCGACUAUGGCGGAGCUACAAGGAGCCCCAUCUGGCAUUGGCAACUUACAAACCGACGCGGUUGAUUCAUCGGCGCUUGAGCAGAUUCGGAAGCAUCUUCUUAUCGGCGAUCGUGAGAAAGGUGCUUGGGUUGCUGUUGAUAAACGUCUUUGGGGCCAUGCCAUGCUCAUUGCUAGCACUGUCCCGGGUGACUUGUAUAAGCAGGUUAGUCAAGAGUUCAUCAAAAAGGAAGUAAACCAGUCUGGUGGCGCCAAUGAGUCACUUGCUGCGCUUUAUGGCGUCCUUUCUGGAAACCACGAAGAAUCGGUCGAUGCACUUGUGCCAAGUCAUGCCAGGGCAGGUCUACAAUUGAUGUCUACCUCCACGACUUCGGCCCAAUCAACAGAUGCGCUAGCUGGUCUGGACAAAUGGCGUGAGACCUUGGGCUUAAUCCUUAGUAACAGGAGUAACAACGAUAUUGUGGCCAUCACAUCGCUGGGCAAUUUACUGUCUAGCUAUGGCAGAGCCGAAGCCGCACAUAUUUGCUUCAUGUUCGCUCGAAAGCAUGCCGUUUUUGGUGGUUUGGACGAUCCGAAUGUCAACUUCGUUCUGGUUGGUGCCGACCAUCGAAGUCAAGCCGACCAAUUUGCCAAGGAACCCGAAGCUUUGCUACUGAGUGAAGUCUACGAGUUCGGCCUUGCGUUGGCUGGCUCCAACGCACAACAGAGCUGUCCCCAUCUUGCUGCUUACAAGUUACAACAUGCUAUUACACUAUCCGAGUACGGUGUUAGGGAGAAAGCUCUGGCUUACUGCGAGACGAUAAUGAACGCCAUCGGAGCACAGACGAAGAGGUCACCCUACUACCAUCCUAUUUUGGAGUCGGCAGUAGCCGACCUUAUGGGAAGACUGAAGCUGACGCCAAAGGAAGGGGGCUCUUCGUGGAUACCAAAACCUAGCACUAGCUCUAUGUGGGACAAGUUUAAUAAGUUUGUUUCCGGUGAUGACGUUCAGGCCUCCGGCCAAGCAUCUCCCGGGGAGCCCGGAGCAGAGUCAGGACCAUUUGCCCGUAUCGCCGGCGGAACACCGACAAUCAGCCGUUCCCCAUCUGUCAACAAUUUUGAGACAUUCAGCGGUCCUUCGCCUGCCAUUCCGGCUAACAGCACUUCAUCACGAUAUGCCCCUAUGGGUGGCCAGCGAGCAGUCUCUUAUGAUCCAAGCUCCAGUUAUGCUUCAAGGACAUCCAUGGAACGAUCUUCGGGCGAGUAUCAACGUGGCUCUCUGGAGCUUCCUCGACCCGCUCAGGAGAGCCUGCCUCCAAUAUAUGGUGGCUCAUCUGUAGAGAGCCUCUCCACGGCUACUUUUGGUUACCAGCCUGCACCUACGGCACGGGCCAGCUCUGUGGCAUCUUCCCAGCCCGUGUCAAACUAUUCUCCCUACCAACCCACUGCUGCUCAGGAAGCGCCAGGCCACUCCCACAUCCCCUAUCAACCAGAGACACAUGUGCCUGAGGCUCAACCAGAAAUUGCCGUCAAUAAUGUUCCUGCCAAUAUUGGUUACGGUGGAUACGAGCCUCCAGUGCUCAACACAUUUGAUAACUCGGCAGCGCAGGGAGAAGCUAUGGACGAGAAAACGCCUACAGCGCCUUCCACAGGCAACAGUUGGGAACCCCCAAGCUUCCAGCCAUACUCAUACGAGCCGCCUACGUCGUACGAGCCUGAUCCUGAGGGUGGGGAAUCGGAUACAGACAAACCGAAACCCAAGAAGAGCUUCAUGGACGACGACGAUGAUUUCCCAUCAAUCAAGUCCGCUGCUCCUGCCACUUCCGAGGAGAAGUCAAAGGCCGAAAAGGACCGUGAGAACCAGGAGAUGUUCCGGAAGGUAGCUGAGGAGGAGGCCAAACGCGCUGCAGAAGGCAAGAGUCAGAAGAAAGGAUGGCUUGGUGGCUGGUUUGGCGGUGCUAAAAAAGAGGCUGACAUGUCCGCUCCUACUAACAAGCCCAUCCGCGCAAAGCUCGGCGAGACUAGCAGCUUUAUCUACGAUCCUGAUCAAAAACGCUGGGUGAACAAGAAGGCAGGCGCAGAUGACACUCCCGCCAAAACGGCAACACCACCACCUCCACGCGCGAGUGGUACCCCUCCGCCAGGAUCUAGUAGCAGUGCUCCGCCAAUGAGUGCCCGUACGCCUCCACCUCCGGGUGGUCCUCCCAUGGGAAUGCCACGCAGUGUGAGCAACCUCAGCAAGAUGGCAUCAAUGGAUAACCUCAGGCCGGGACCUGCAAUGGGGGGCACACCACCAAUGGCGCGCAGUGUCAGCAAUAUUAGCAACAUUAGUAACGGAUCUGCCGACAGCAAUGGUCCUCCCACUCUUGCCCCACCUGUCCCCAGUGGCCCUCCAAGCCGCCCGACUACUAGCCUUAGUAACGCCAGCAGUAUCGACGAUCUUUUAGGAGCUGCUGGACCAAGAACAAAGGGAGCCAAGAAGCCUCGAAAGAGCGGCCGGUAUGUUGAUGUUAUGGCCAAAUAA